GAUGGCGGAAUAUGAAAACACGAACGAUGUUUCGGCCGCAGAACCGUCUAAACUAUCUGACCUGCUUGAGCGUGGGUGGAAGAUAUUUGAGGAGGUAGACGUUACAAACGAACCACUUGCCUCUACCAGUAUCCAGGUCCAAGUCAAACGCGGUAUCGGUAUGCUGGAAGAAGCGUCCAGAAUGGUGGCCCUGCUCGAGCUGUUCAGCCGCAACGAAGAGCUCGAGGAGAUAGCGACCGCCGACCUGAAGUACCUGCUGCUGCCAGCUCUGCUGGGAGCCCUGACCAUGAAGCAGACCAGCCGAGACAAACGACUAGAGAUAGUCAGAGCAGCCCGGGCUCACUUUAUGGACUUCUUGAAGAGAUGCAAAGAGUACAACAGCACACACUUUGAACUACCACACGUGACGAAUGAAAACGCAGGUCCGGAUGAGGAGUCAGGAAAUGGAUCGUCUCUAGCUACGCUAACGCCUAAACCCUGCCCAUCAGACCUGGUUUCUAUGGCAGUACAUAGACAGGCUAAGAUCGAGCGGUACCGCCAGAAGAAGGAGCUGGAAGCCAGACUGUCAGAUGUACGAAGAGCUGUGGACAGCGGACAAGCCGACGACGAAGUCAGCAGAGAUUUCUACCAUCUGAAUGUCCGGAGAUGGGUCAAUGUGUGUCUGGAGGAAAUAGAGAGCAUUGACCUGGAGAUUGAGAUACUCAAGAAUAUGGACGUGCUGAAGCAGGGAGCCGAGAAGAAGUCAGCUCAGCCAGCCAGGCCUCCCAUGAAACCAUUCAUUAUCACCAAGGACGCUGUUCAGGCUAAAGUGUUCGGGGCUGGUUACCCGAGCCUCGCAACCAUGUCAGUAGACGAGUGGUAUGAACAGCACAGGAAACACGGAGCGAUGCCUGACCAGGGUAUUCCAAGUAGGGUCGUUGUGGAGAAGGACACCGACGCAAAAGACAUGGAAGAAGAAGAUAAAGAGAAGAAGGCUGAAAAUGAUGAUGAGGAGUCUUUGCUGAAAGCCAGAAACUGGGAUGACUGGAAAGAAACUCAUCGCAGAGGUUAUGGAAACCGCCACAACAUGGGCUAGUCUUCAUGUCUAUUCUGAUCAGUCCAGGAAGUGAAUGGACGUUCCUCACAACUCUGAUCCUUAAGACUGUUAGUAUGAGAAGGUCACCAAACCAAGAAACACACCGCCACCAAGCAAACCUGUUGAGCUCAUUGACACAGCAGCUGAUUCACUGAUGUUAGUCAUUUACAAAGUCGGGUUCAACAGUCCUUUAUGGUAUCAUGUUUUUCAGUGAAUCUUUCUAGAUAUUUUCCAUAUGAUUGGAUUGAAGAAGCCAGCCAUGACUGCAAUGUUUCUGAUUUGUAGUGUUUCCCCUUAACACUGUCAUUGGAAAAUAAAGAGACUGAAAAACCA